AUGCCCGGCUCGACGAGGGCGCGGUCGGCGCGGGCGGCGGCGAGCAGUUCUCCGAGCAGGCGGCCGCGGUCGCCCGCCGCCGCGCCGUCGACUGGCGCGUCUCGCCGGCCCCAGCGGGCCAGAGCCCAGGAGGAGCCACGGGGCCGCCGCCGUUCGCCCCGUCGCCAGAGGCGGAGGGCAUCGCGGCGCCCGCGGCUCUCGAGGCGCGGCGGGGUGCCGCACGGGAGCCUGGCGCAGCGGCUGGGAGGCUGCUGCUUAAGGCUCUCACCGCUUGGCGGGCGGGGGCGCUGUACGAGCAGCGGCUGGCCGCAGAGGGGCGGCGGGCGGCGGAGGCGGAAGGUCGGCUGCGGCGCCGAGCGUUCGCGGAGAUCGAGGCCGACAUCGAGCGGCUACGACGCACUGUGCUCCGCGCCUGGAGGCUGGCGGCGUCGUGCGGCCGCCCCGCUUCCCAGGCGGGGAGCCAGGACCGAGGCGCUGCGCCGCGCAGUGCUGGCGGAGGAGCGUGAGGCAGCCCGGGCCCGCCAGGUGGCCCACCACGCUGCACGGCGGCACUUGACCGCCGCCAUGGUCGGUUGGAAGGCGGCAUUACAGCUGCAGCGGCGUGAGGCCACCCACCGACAGCGGACACUGCACGCCGAGGUCGAGUUCGCGACGAAACUCCACAAGGUCAAGACAGAAGGCGCCAAGCUGGCGGACGACCUCCGCGGGCAGAGGCGUGCCCACGGCGUCGCUGCGAUCCACGCCAGCAUGGACCGCUGCAUGCAGGCGGUGGUGCACGCCUGGUCUGCGACCACGCGGGAGCAGCAGCGCGAGGCCGCCUACCAGCGUCAGCUGGACAUCGCGGCCGCCGAGGCGGCCGCGGGCUGCGCCGUGUUGCGCAUGGAGGGCAGACGCAACGCGCUCGACCUCAGGAGGAAGUGGCGUGCGGAGGCCCAGCGUGUCGAGGCCGCCAGGGCGCAGAACUGGCGCCUCGCCGUCCUAACGGCCUGGGCCAGCCUGGGCAGGGCCGCCCGCCGCGAGCUACUCGUGGCCCAGCUGGCGGCCUCGCGCGCGACGGUGGGCAGGCAGGCGUGGCAGGUGGGCCGGUGGCAAGAGGCAUUCUGCAACUCCAAGCAGCGGGCGCGCCGCGCCCGCUGCAUCGGCGAGGCCUUCCUCGCCUGGUCCCUCGCGGUCUCACUGGGCGGCAUCGGCGCUGCGGCUGGCGACGCCGCAGUGGAGACGGCCCCCGCCGCAGCCGUCGCAGACAAGGCGGCCCCCGCAGCGGCGGCUGCCACCGCAGCCGUUGCUGGUGGCAUCGUCAGCGAAGCCGACAGCGUCUCGCAGGUCUGA